AUGUUGAAUUCUAAAGCCCAUGUGUGAAGCCUGCUAGCCUGGUUGGUUGCCCCUGCCAGUCUCUGUUUAGCUAUUGGCGCAUGAUACGGAGUAAGAGUGGAAUGUUACAGAGACUGGUACCCAGCACGCACGGAGUACAAGGAGUGUAAUGUUACAGAGACUGGUACCCAGCACGGAGUACAAGGAGUGUAAUGUUACAGAGACUGGUACCCAGCACGGAGUACAAGGCGUGUAAUGUUACAGAGACUGGUACCCAGCACGGAGUACAAGGAGUGUAAUGUUACAGAGACUGGUACCCAGCACGGAGUACAAGGCGUGUAAUGUUACAGAGACUGGGACCCAGCACGGAGUACAAGGAGUGAAAUGUUACAGAGACUGGUACCCAGCACAGAGUACAAGGAGUGUAAUGUUACAAAGACUGGUACCCAGCACGGAGUACAAGGAGUGUAAUGUUACAGAGACUGGUAUUUAGCACAGAUUACAAAGAGUUGGAUGUUACAGACACUGGCCCCCAGACUAGAAGCCUACAGCCUAGGUUUGAUUGCAUAGGAACAAAAGGAUUUGAAUUGCAAUGAUUGUUUUCAAUUAAAAUUUUAUAAGCAAAGAGAAAUUUCUAAUAAAUCAUUUUGCUAGGACUGUAAGGGAGUGGUCUGAUAUCAACAGUUUACCUUCCAAGUUAGGAAUAAACUGUGACUCAUUUUUGUACCCUCAUCAAUAUAAUGGUACUGUUGUUUUUUAUUGAAGGAUCAGACGGUUGUUUUCCUGGUAUGGCCAACGCAAGUGUGUGUGGCCAAACACCCCUGGUGUUCCGGCUACACGAGGGAGCCCCAGAGCUGGUGAGAGAGGUGCUGCUGGAGAGAGGCUGGGAGGAGUAUGAUGAGCAGGGGCAGGAGGAGGGAGGCUGGAACCUCUACUGGCGCACCUCAGCCUUCCACAACUCAGACUAUGAGAACAUACUGCCAUGGCAGAGACUCAACCAUCACCCCAAGACUGUGGGCAUCACCCGCAAGGAUUGCCUGGCCAGAAACCUGAAGAGAAUGAGAGGGACGUUCGGCUCGGGUCUUUACAACUUCAGCCCGACAACUUUCAUCCUCCCCAAUGAUUACACCAGGUUUCUGGCAGAGUACACCAAGCAUCGUUUGAAGAAUGGAGGCAGGUCGGGGUAUUGGAUCUGCAAGCCAGUGGAUCUAUCAAGAGGCAGGGGCAUCUUUAUCUUUGAGGACAUCAGAGACUUGGUGUAUGACUCCUCAGUGAUCGUUCAGAGAUACAUCAGCAAUCCUCUCCUCAUCUCAGGGUACAAAUUUGACCUUCGGAUCUAUGUUUGUGUGAAAAGUUUUCAGCCCCUCAUCAUCUACAUGCAUCAGGAGGGAAUGGUACGCUUUGCGACUGAGAAAUACAAUUUGACAUCUUUGGACAACCUUUAUUCUCACCUGACCAACACGAGCAUUAAUAAGUUUGGCCCCUUCUACACAACAGACAAAGAGAGAGUGGGACAAGGAUGUAAGUGGACUAUGAGUAAAUUCCGCUGCUUUCUUCAUAGCCAAGGUAUCAAUGAACUGUUCCUCUGGCAAAAGAUCAACAACAUUGUCACACUAACUUUGCUCACCAUAGCCCCUUCCGUACCUUCCAGUCCCAACAGUGUUGAGCUCUUUGGGUUUGACAUCCUAAUUGAUGCCAAAUAUAAGCCAUGGCUACUAGAGGUUAACUACAGCCCUGCUCUCACCAUCGACUGCCAAGUAGACGUGACAGUCAAGAAAGUACUUCUCAAUGAUCUGGUUGAUCUGAUGAACUACAAGUCCAUGGACAGCGUUAGACAGAGAGGAUAUCUCAAACAGAAGUACAAACGCCCCUGCUAUCUAGGCAGCCAGUCUCUGCGGUCCCCAGUGCUCCCCAAGUCUACGUGUGAGCACCACCCAGGAAACAAGAAAAGUCACAGCAUCCAUUCUACGUUUUCUGACAGUAUGAGAUACUUUCCAUCAGUUGAGAUGAACCGGAUCCGCACUGCAAGGAAUUCCAUAAGCAACACCAAGGGCUCGGCUCUGAAUCCAAUACUCAUCCCACAUUCAAAGACUGCAGCUGUAACUGGAAACAGAAAGACACAUCCAGUGCUCUCACAGAUGACAGAGGCCAUCCAGUGGUCUGAGGUUUCAGACAUAGAGUCAGAGUUUGAUGACAGAAACCUGUCCACACGUGUUAGCCCAUGGCAGGCCUCAAGGCAACCAGCCGGGGGCUGCUGUAAGCUACCUGCCAUUCACAUUCAAAAGUACAAGACUCCUAAAUUCCCAUGGGACCCUAAAAGCCAAGAUAAGAGCACCCCACCACUCCGUGUGGGAGACUUCAUACUGACGUUUCCUUUUAAUGAGGUCACACUGAAGGCGUCGUGGGACAAGCUCAACGUUAAGACUGCAGUCCACGAGGUUCACAAGCUCAUCAGCCAGCUAGCAUCAGGAUGUAGCCACAAACAGAAGAGAGGGACGGAAGAUGAGUUGGAUAAAUGCAAAGAGAAAAAGGAUUUUGGGUCUUUGUUUUGGGGACCUACUAACCCUCCUCUACUUAGUGAGUGCCACUUGUCAAACUAACUGAGCAACUGAACA